CCCCCGCCGUGGAGGCGCGGGGCAUGCUGGGAUUGGGGAAGCCCCGGCGCAUGUUGCUGCUCGCGCUCGCGCUCCCACUCCCACUGCUGCUGCUGCUCCCGGUCCCGGUCCCGCCGCCCCCCGCGCUGGCUUCUCGCGCCAGAUGGAGUCGAUCAUGGACCCCGACCUGGACCCCCCCCUGAGCCAGCCCUUCCUCGACUUCUGGAAUGUUCUGGACAACAAUGUGAGAUCCAUCCCCAAGGAGCAGGCAGAGCUGUGGGAUCCACAGGACCUGGUCCUAGGGCUGCCAGAUUUGGGUGACUUGCCCCUGCUGGAGGAGCUGGAAGGGGCCCCAGUGGCGGGGCUGGGAAGGGAGGCCCCGCCCCCGGGUGCCCUGCCCACAUCCUCUAUCGUGCCUUCCACUGAGGACUACCCCGGCGCCCAUGGCUUUGAGGUGGCCUUCCAGCCCUCGGGCACCGCCAAGUCCGUCACCUGCACAUACUCGCCGGUGCUGAACAAGCUGUUCUGCCAGCUGGCACAGUCAUGCCCGGUGCAGGUGCGGGUGGCACAGGCUCCGCCCCCUGGUGCCAUGAUCCGCGCUGGUGCUGUCUACAAGAAGGCUGAGCACGUAGCUGAGGUCGUGCGGCGCUGCCCCCACCAUGAGCGCAGUGCCGAGCACAGUGACGGGGUGGCUCCAGCCCAGCACCUGAUCCGAGUGGAGGGGAACCCACAGGCCCAGUACUGCCACGAUGAGACCACCAAGCGCCACAGCGUGACUGUGCCCUACACCCCCCCAGAGGUGGGCUCGGACUCCACGACUGUCCUCUACAACUUCAUGUGCAACAGCUCAUGCAUGGGGGGCAUGAACCGGCGCCCAAUCCUGGCUAUCCUCACCCUGGAGACGAAGAGUGGGCAGCUUCUUGGCCGGCGCUGCUUUGAAGUCCGGAUCUGUGCCUGCCCUGGCCGCGAUCGCAAGACAGAAGAGGAGAAUUUGCGCAACAAGGCGGCAACCACUGGGGGUGGGGCCAAGCGGGCUCUCAAGGUCCCUACAGAUGACCUCCCAAACCCAAAGAAGCGAGUCCCGAAUCCCAGCACUGAGAUUUUCACCCUCCAGAUCCGGGGCCAUGAGCGCUAUGAGAUGUUCAAGAAGCUCAACGAGGGGCUGGAGGCCUUGGACGGGCAGGAGGCCCGCGCCGAGGACCCAGGCAUCCGGUCCCCCAAACCGCUGCUGAAGGCACGCCGUGCCAAGGGGCUGGCCCUGGUUUCAUGCAAGAAGCUGCUGGUGAAGGACGAGAGCCAGGACUCAGACUAGAGGACUGCCUCCUCCCCCUGCUCCUCUCUGCCCCUC